CUCUUGUCAAAUACAAAAAAGCAAUUUAUUGAGACAGGGAAUCGCAAAAAAAGUGUUGGUUUCAAUGGCUUCAUUUUUCAAGUUAUUUCUGGUUGUUGUUAUUAUGAUCGCAAACUUAGGUUCAAUAUCAGAUGCUUAUGGAAAUAAGCAUUUUGAACCAAAAGAGGCAAUAUGCACAGGAAGGUGUAAAAUGAGCUCAGAUUGCAAGCAGAUCUGUGCAAAUGCAGGGUAUGGCUCACGUGGUGGUCUUUGCGGCACCAUAGCUUCAAAUCCCAACUUAUGUUGCAUUUGUUUUGCACAAUGAUUUAAGCAAGAUAUUCUAGAAGUUAAUAUAAAUUUCACAUGUACUAAGCUCCAUUGAGUUUAUACUAAUAUAUACAAUUAUACAGUAUAUUGUAUACUCUUAUAAAGAUCUUGAGUGUUGGUUUCAAUGGCUUCAUUUUUCAAGUUAUUUCUGGUUGUUGUUAUUAUGAUCGCAAACUUAGGUUCAAUAUCAGAUGCUUAUGGAAAUAAGCAUUUUGAACCAAAAGAGGCAAUAUGCACAGGAAGGUGUAAAAUGAGCUCAGAUUGCAAGCAGAUCUGUGCAAAUGCAGG